CGCCCCGGCCGCGGCUCCUCCAACCCCGGGGCCGGCUGGGGUGCCGCCCGGGCGAGGGCCGGGAGUUGGGCCGCGGCGCGUCCCCGUCCCCGUCCCCGUCCCCGUCCGCGCUCUCCCGCCGCGUCCCGCAGACCCGACGCGCGGGGGAAGGUGAGCCGCCCCCGGGCCGGCCGUGCAGGCGACGGGCCGCAAAGUUCGGCUGGAAGAGGAAGUGGCCUCCGGCUCCGGCAGGUGGCGGCCGGGCCUGGACCCCGGCGCUCGCGGCCUGCGGGCGGGCUCCGGGCGAGGGUGCGCCCGGACGGGGCCUGGAGCUGACCGCCGGGCGGCGGAGCCGGCUUCGAGCGGGAGAGGGGAGAGGGGAGAGCGCGCGCGCGGCGCCCGGAAGACAACUCCGAAGUUGGCGAGAGGCACCGCCCCUGCCCCGGGCCGCCGCCCCGCCCCCAGCCCUGGCACCCCGAGCCCCGGCCGAGCGGCCCGAGCCAUGGACCCCGCUCGGGGAGGCGGCCCUGCGGGGCCCGGGCGCGCGGAGCGGCGCCUCCUCCCCGCUGGGUAGGCGACGGAAGCUGCCGGACCUGUGCCCCGCCGGGCCGCUCAGGAUGCCGCCCGUCACCCUCCUCUUCCUCCUCCUGGGGGGCGCGCUGGCCCACCCAGACCGGAUCCUUUUCCCAAAUCCUGCCUGUGAAGACCCUCCCGCAGUGCUCUUGGAAGUACAGGGCACCUUACAGAGGCCCUUGAGCCGGGACAGCCACAGCUCCCCUGCCAACUGCACCUGGCUCAUCCCCGGCAGCAAGGAUCAGACUGUAAUGGUCAGGUUCCAAAAACUGCACUUGGCCUGUGGCUCAGAGCGCUUAAUCCUGCGCUCCCCUCUCCAGCCACAGAUCUCCCUGUGCGAGGCACCUGCCAGCCCUCUGCAGCUACCUGGGGGCAAUGUCACCAUCACCUACAGCUAUGCCGGGGCCAGAGCACCCAUGGGCCAGGGCUUUCUCCUCUCCUACAGCCAAGAUUGGCUGAUGUGCCUGCAGGAAGAGUUCCAGUGCCUGAACCACCGCUGUGUGCCCUCGGCCCAGCGCUGCGACGGGGUCGAUAGCUGUGGAGAUGGCUCGGAUGAGGCAGGUUGCAGUUCAGAUCCCUUCCCUGACCUGAUCCCAGCCUCUGCCCCCACCCCACCCUGCAAUCACACCUUGGAAGACUUCUAUGGGGUCUUCUCCUCCCCUGGAUACUCACACCUGGCGUCAGUCUCCCACCCCCAGUCCUGCCUCUGGCUGCUGGACCCCCACGACGGCCGGCGCCUCGCGGUGCGCUUCACAGCCCUGGAUCUGGGCUAUGAAGAUGCAGUGCAUGUGUAUGAUGGCUCUGGGCCCCCUGAGACCUCCCGGCGGCUGCGCAGGCUCACCCACUUCAACAAUGGCAAGGCCGUCACCGUGGAGACGCUGUCUGGCCAAGCCAUUGUGGCCUACCACACAGUUCCUUGGAGCAGUGGUCGGGGCUUCAAUGCCACCUACCACGUGCAGGGCUAUUGCUUACCUUGGGACCAACCUUGCGGCUUAGGCUCUGGCCUGGGGGCCAGUGAGGGCCUAGGUGAGCGCUGCUACAGUGAGGCACAGCGCUGUGACGGCUCAUGGGACUGUGCCGAUGGCACAGAUGAGGAGAACUGCCCCAGCUGCCCACCUGGACACUAUCCCUGUGGGGCUUUUGGCACCCCCAGUGCCACAGCCUGCUACCUGCCUGCUGACCGCUGUAACUACCAGACCUUCUGUGCUGACGGAGCAGAUGAGAGACGUUGCCGGCACUGCCAGCCUGGCAACUUCCGAUGUCGGGACGAGAAGUGCGUGUAUGAGACAUGGGUGUGCGACGGGCAGCCAGACUGUGCCGACGGCAGUGAUGAGUGGGACUGCUCCUAUGCCCUGCCCCGCAAGGUCAUUACAGCUGCAGUCAUUGGCAGCCUUGUGUGCGGCUUGCUGCUGGUCAUUGCUCUGGGCUGCACCUGCAAGCUCUAUGCCAUUCGCACCCAGGAGUACAGCAUUUUUGCCCCCCUCUCCCGAAUGGAGGCUGAGAUUGUGCAGCAGCAGGCACCCCCGUCUUAUGGGCAGCUCAUUGCCCAGGGCGCCAUCCCACCUGUGGAGGACUUCCCUACAGAGAAUCCUAAUGAUAACUCAGUGCUGGGCAACCUGCGUUCUCUGCUACAGAUCUUGCGCCAGGAUAUGACUCCAGGGGGUGCCUCAGGUGCCCGCCGCCGCCAGCGGGGCCGUACUGUCCGCCGCCUGGUGCGCCGUCUCCGCCGCUGGGGCCUGCUUCCUCGAACCAACCCUCCAGCCCGAACCCCUGAAACCAGACCCCAAGUCACACCUUCUGAUGCUCCCCUUGAAGCCCUAGAUGGCAGCACAGGUCCAGCCCGUGAGAUUGGAGCAGUAGGUGGGCAGGAUGGGGAACAGGCACCACCACUGCCUGUCAAGGCUCCCCUCCCAUCUGCUAGCAUACCUCCAGCCCUCCCUACUGUCCUGGAGGCCCCAGGGCCACUGCCUUCAGUGCCCCUAGAACCAUCACUGCUGUCUGGAGUGGUGCAGGCCCUACGAGGCCGCCUCUUGCCCAGCCUUCGGCCGCCAGGACCAGUCCGGCCCCCAGGACCAACCCAAACCCCACCUGAGCCCCACACGGUAGUCCUGUCCCCAGAGGAUGAAGACGAUGUACUGCUGGUGCCACUGGCUGAGCCGGGAGUCUGGGCAGUUGAAGCAGAGGACGAGCCACUGCUUGCCUGAGGGGCCCUGGGCUCUCCUGGGGGCUCUGGUCACAGUGACAACCACCCUUUAGAAACAGCCCAGCUUCACUCCCACUACUUCCCUCCCUGACCCUAGGUCUGAGGGGACUUGGCGAGCCUCCCUUUGCCCUGUGUAGCUGCCGUCAAGUUAGGUGUCCCUCAGGCAGAGAGAGGGCUCAUACAGAGCUCCCGCUGCACCUGGCCAGAGAUCACAGUCUCUCCACCACCACCCUCUCCUCACACCACCACCAUUUGGGUGGCUCCUUUUAAAGAGUAAAGUUCUUAAGAGGUCAUAGGCCUGAACACUCCAUCCUUACCAAUCCCCCACCAAAAGUGGCCUUAAGCACCAGCAUGCCAAUUGGCUGGAGACCUCUAGCCCCCAAGGGGAGGAUUUAGGCAGGGCCUGUGGUUUUGCCAACUGUGAUCCUUCCUAUAGGGCCUGGCUCAAAAAAAAAAAAAAAAAAAAGCACAACAAAUGCUUUUGUCCAAUAGCUAGGUCAUUGCCCAGAAGUCAAGGUUGAAAAUAAAGGAAUCAGAAAUUUAA